UGCGUGCUGAGAGAGUCUUAGUUGUGUACUCGGCCAAGGCUGCACUCCGGAGAAGAUUGCUGAACUGCAAUGCCCACUUGGAACUUUUACGGGCCCGUGCCGGAAUUGCAAAUGCGCCAAGGACAGGCCCGCGGGAGGCGCACUGGAAGGUCCCCGCCGCUAACGCAGCACACAGGACGCGACUGCGACGCCAGACGGAACGGACAACAGUGGUGCCGAAAUUUACGAUGAAGGCUGCUUUGUAUCUUGCCGUGUGCCUCGCUUGCUGCAUUUUGGGCACAGAAAGCCUUAGUUGUCAUCCAGUAGGUCAAGGCUGCACUCCAGAGGAUGUAGCUGAACUGCAAUGCCCCGUGGGAACUGUAGCCAAUCAGUGCGGAAACUGUGAAUGCGCCAGGGCCCUGGGAGAAGAGUGUGGCGGUCCGUGGGAUAUGCUGGGCCAGUGCGCCUCGGGUCUGACGUGCAGGAGGAACGAUGACCAUUUUCAGUCCUCGGGAAAUUGUGUCUAAGCCGAUGCUGAAGAAGAGACGAGAGAGAAAGAAAUACUGGACAAGAAAAAUAAUGAAAGAAAUGGGACGGACGAGUUGAAUCCCCGGGAAACUGUUUUGAAAAAAAAAAAAAGAAGAAAAUAAAGGGAUGAAAAGGGAUGGAAUAUUGAUGAUAAUAAUAAUAAUAAUGAUGAUGAUAAUAAAGGAUCGUUGCAGUUGUACGAUUAUUUUUUUCUUUGAAUUGAAUUGUAAAAUUUGCUUAAUGGACUGAUCGUGGCAACCUUUAGUUAAUCAACACAUUUUGAUAAAUGUGAAUGGAUAUUAUUAUAAAGAAAUCAAAUUGGUAAUGAUAUAAUAAGGGUGGUAAUAACAGUAGUAAAUGUAAUCAUAUAAUAAUAACUAUGUAAUUUUAAAUGUGCAAAUUCAAUAGUAAAGGUAAUGGUGAAUAAAGUGGUAGAAAUGAUAAUGAUAAUGCAAACUGUAAUAAAGGGAACUGAUAACUAAGCCACAAUAAUAGCACUCAAAACAUAAUAACAUCAAUAACGGUGAUAACAUUAUAGAUCAUAAUUCAACAGAAGUCAAAAUGUCAAGUGUUUAUGUAGAUUGCAUUUUUCAUUAAUAUAGCUAUGGUAAUUCAAUAUCCAUUAAUACUCUUGUUUUCUAUUUUAUACAUGUUUUCCUUUUUUCUUCUUUUACAUAAAUGUUUAUAUUCGUUCUCCCUCGACUUCUUCUUCUUCUUCUUCUUCUUCGUCUUCUUCUUCUUUCUUACAUUUCUUUGGCGAUACCGUGGUGCUAGUGUUAAUUACGUGUAUUAUGUUGCUGCCUUUUUUCUUCUUUUUUUUUUUGCAGUGUUAGUGACAUCUGAAGACAAAUAUGCAAGGCUGACCUAGCAAUCGGGAUUUACGCCUGAUUAUUCCUCUUUGUUCUGUACCGUAUUUGGUGAUGGGUUGUGAUUUUUAGUUGAAUAAACUGGAAGCAAGUUAAAAAA